AUGAGAGGGAGCUUGUGGAACCGUCGAACGGUACAGAGGCUGCGGCAGGCGUUGAUCUCGACCGUUGGAUCCAUGAAGAUCAAGCUUCUGCUCUGCUGUUGUAUCGGCUUCACGCUCAUCGCGCUCGCCAGCCGAGCUUCGGACUUUAUGGGAUGGACCAAUCACACUGCUGCUCUGGAGCGGUUCUCUGAUUCACGGAAAGGAUAUUCUAUUGUAAUGAACACUUGGAAGAGAUAUGAUCUUUUGAAGCAGUCAAUUUCUCACUAUUCUAGAUGCCCUCGGCUUGAUUCGAUACAUAUUGUGUGGAGUGAGCCAAGUCCUCCUUCAGAUUCUCUGAGAAAAUUUCUAUACCACAUUGUACAAUUGAAUACUAGAGAUGGGCGACAAGUUGAACUGAAAUUUGAUAUCAAUACCGAAGACAGCUUGAACAACAGAUUUAAAGAAAUUAAGGAUCUGAGAACAGAUGGCAUUUUCUCAAUUGACGAUGAUGUUAUAUUCCCUUGCCCUUCAGUAGAAUUUGCUUUCGAUGUUUGGCAAAGUGCAUCAGAUACAAUGGUUGGAUUCGUGCCUCGCAUGCACUGGGUUGAUCUGACCAAAGGUGAUAAGAAUCACUACAUUUAUGGCGGAUGGUGGUCAGUUUGGUGGACAGGUUCAUACAGUAUGGUACUGUCUAAGGCAGCCUUCUUCCACAAAAAGUACCUAAGUCUGUACACAAAUGAAAUGCCAGCAUCAAUCAGAGAAUUUAUAACCAAGAACAGGAACUGUGAAGACAUUGCGAUGUCUUUUCUCGUAGCAAAUGCAACUGGUGCUCCUCCAAUAUGGGUGAAAGGUAAGAUAUUUGAGAUUGGUUCAACUGGAAUCAGUAGCUUAGGAGGUCACAGUGAAAAAAGAACCCACUGCAUCGACAGAUUUGUUGCCGAGUUUGGACGAAUGCCAUUGGUACCGACGUCUGUGAAGGCUGUUGACAGUCGCAACAUCUGGUUUUGGUGA